UGCAUGGAGUGCUAUUCUCUCUCUCUCUCCCUCCUUCCUUGAGGGAGAGAAGUUGUAAACUCGAGCAUAAGUAUGCUUUAUUUUUAUAUCAUGCUUAAUGGCACAGAGCUGCUUGACAUAACUUUUUCUUUGGUGCAAAACCUGGCAGCUCACCUUUCCUCCUCCACUGUAUCUAAUAGUAACGUCGGCAAAUGAAAUCAGAGCCCGAGCCCCCAGGAAUGUGCUCUUGCUGGCUCUGUGGCUGUCCCCUGCACGAGGUUUUACAGGCCUGUCAUACCUAGUGACAUCCAGCCCGGCAGUGGGGGCCUGGGCUGCGCGCGUCUAGCCCACCGCCCAUCGCUCUUCCUGCUGGGCAGGAUAAGGUUACGCCGGAGCCUCCUCUGUCGCAGGGAGGAAGGCGGGCCGACACCCGUCCCGCUAGGGAGUUGCCACAGUUGGCAGCCCGGGGCCAGUGGGGACGCUUCUCUGCAGGCGGCCUGGAGCUGAGGGUGGGGACCCAGAGCGCAGCCUGAGGCCGGGGUCCCCGUCAUGGCCACGGCCAGGCCUCCCGGGCGCGGCUGCGGAGCCCUGCCUCGGUGGCUGCUCGGUGCUGCGCUGUUGCUGGGCCUGCGGCUCUGCAUGGAGUUGCACCGCGCCGGCUCCGGAUCCCCGGGCCGCAGCGAUCCCCCGGGGCCGCCCCGGCCGCACCUGCUGCCCGCCCCCGGCCCUCCGCGCGGCGCCAGAAGGAGGCAGGUGACCUACGUGCGCAGCGGGCGCCGUGCAUUGCCCCGGGGUGGCGGGAGCACGACGCUGGAGCCGAGCUGUUGCACCCCACGCGAGCUUCCCCGCAGGAAGGGUCCCCGGUGGCAUAUUGAGCUCCAGCCUUGGGCAGGCCCUGCUCAGUCCCUGGAUGAAGAAGCCUCGAGGUUCCUGAGCUACAUCAGCACCACUCAGAUUGCAUGCGAUCGCAUGGGUGCAGACAGCUUGGCUACUGACUCCAGCCCUGCAACGAGGCCCUGGCUGGUGUGUCUCGAUGACAGGUUUGGCUUAGCUCAUCAAAUCCGCAGCAAGCGGUGCCGCCUCUACUCCUUAGGGCUGGGCAAUGAUGACACACACUUUGAGGUGAGCAUGGCCAAGGACGGAUGUGAAGUACAUCGUUUCGACCCUAGCGUCAAAUCAGCCCACGUUCUGGAGAGCCGGCGCCUCUGGCAUCACCGCUUGGCCAUUGACUGGCGGGAUCCACAUCCAGCUGUGGCUGCUCAGAAGCUGCAUAGCAACACCAGGAAACUGGGCAGCAUUUUGAAUGAAUUUGGGCAUCACAAGGACAUCCAGUCAAGAGUGCCAAGGGUGCGCUGCAGGUCUCGGGACAUCAGACAAAGCCUACUUUCUUGGAGCGAUUAUAUGUGGUGUCUAUGCACCUUCUCCUGCGUGCAACUCUGAAAUCACUCAAGGAUGCCUCCAAGGCCUCUCGUAUGCUAACAGCAUCCAGAAAACUUAACAAACAGACGGCAUAGACAGCAAAGAGUGGGCAGGACUGGACUUGGUGUUGAUAACCCGCAAAGACAGCCUCACUUCUGCAGAGCCGGAUCUUAGUGACUCUGGCCAGCAGCUUCCUGGGGGCCGAAGUGCCUGGGACUCCAGUCUUUGUUCCUUUGAAUGUUUCCUUCCAUUCCAGUAUUCACUGUGUCUGAUGCCGUCAAAUUUCCUCAGGGUGAAAUUACCCAUUUUCAAAAGUACUCUGAAAAUUCAAUGAUACUGAUUCAAGCACCUCACUGACCCACAUCCUCUCUCCCAACAGUGCUUGAUUUUCUAAGACCAAAGCUGACUGUUUUUAUGUAUAAAAGUUUAGGUUUAUGUUUCCUUUAAGAUUCCUUAUAAGAUUCCUUUUCAAGAUAAAUAAUAAAAUGAUUGAUUCUUUCUUUGUAACCAAAAUAUUCAGCCUGCCAACAAAAGAUUUGGCUGAGGAAAAAAAAAAAAAAGGUCCUUGCUUGCUUAUGUUCUGUUAAUCUGUAAUGAGUUACUUAGAUGUAAUGUGUAUGGGUUAUUGAGAUGACUCUGUUUUUAAUCAUGUAAAGGAGAUGAAAAACAUGUUUUUACCUGUAUUCAUUAUAAUCACUCACUUGAUUGAAUGUGACCACAUUGUGACUCCUGUACUGUCUGAAAGAUUUUGUUGGGGUAUAUAAGCUGUAGAAAAAAAGUAUACAGUAGAAGAAGAGAGAAGAACAGAAAGAAUAAAGAAGAAAACCAUCAAGAGAGUGU